ACGGAUGGAUGGAUGGACGGACGGAUGGAUGGACAGAAGGAUGGAUGGAUGGACCGACGGACACUCCUGCAGCCCCCACAGCCUGCAGAUGGAGAAGAAGAAGAAGAGGAGAAAAAGGACGAGGGUGGUGAGAACACGGCAGAGGACAUUGAGGGCAUCCUCCGCUAUGAGGAGCGCAUCGCCGGGCUGCUGGCUACAGUGGCCCAGCUGCACCGCAGAGCAGAGCAGCUCCAGUGCCGCACCAGCAGGGAGGUUGAGGAGGGCUGGGAGGGCACCACCAGCCUCCCCACUGCCAGCCCGCAGCAGCACCGCCUCGAUGGCAGGCUCGCCCACAGCCCCGACCUCUUCGCGGAUCUGCAGCACGUCGUGAGCUCGCUGGAACGCACCGUGUUCUCCCGGCACCGGCACCGGCACCAGCACCAGCACGCACUGGUGCGGCCUGUGCCCAGCAAAGAGUGGGCACGAGCGGCCAAGAGCCUGGAGGAGCUGGAGCGGAGCCCGGGCCGCGCGGGGCCGGCGAUGGGACGGGCUCCGGAGGAGGGAGCGGCAGAGGAGGCGGCGGUGGCGGCGGCGGCAUCGAGGAACGCGGCGCUGCGGGCAGCCCUGGGACACCGCGAGGAGGAGCUGAGCCGGGCCACGGCGGCGCUGCGGGUGCUGCGCGGGGAGCGCGACCGGCUGCAGCUCAAGGUUCGCGACUUGCGGGAUGCUCUGUCCAGGCUGGAGGAGCCGGGGGGCUCCGGGAGUGACACCGCCGGGCUCGGCAGCCCCCCGGUGCGCAGGGAACCCCAGGACUUGCCCCAGUGCAGUGAGGAUGCUCAGCCCCACAGCCCCCUCUCCCCGAAACCCUCGGAGGGUCCCAGCCGAGAGCAGGAGGAGCGGGUGCAGCAGCUACAAGGGUCCCUGGCGAGGCUGCAGGAGACGAACCGGGAGCUGGCGGCCGCGCUGCAGGACUGCAAGAACGACGCGGAGCUGCUCAGCAUGGUGCUGGGGCAGCACGAGUCCUGCAGCACCGCGCUGCGCCUGGCCCUGCGCUGCAGCGAGCGCUGCGGGGGGGCCUACGCCGCCCUCCUUGACCUGACGUGGGCAAAGGUGCGCCGGGAGGAGUAUGGGGCCCAGGGGGGAGCCGUGGGGCAGCAAAGCCCGGGGCAUGGAUGGGCGUCCAGCCCCACACCAGCGGAGGGGCCACAGCUCCAGGGCCGAGCGGAGCCGGAUGGGCAGGAAGAGAGCGGGGAGAGCAGCUCCACCGCGCUGCAGAGCACCCCAGCACCGCGCGGCUUGGAGGAGGGGGCCCUGCGUGAGCACAUCCGCCAGCUGCGCACCGAGCAGGCGGCCGUGGAGGCCUCUCUGCAGGACCCCCCAGCACCCGGCAGCACCCACCGCAGCCAGGAGAGCCGGGCCCGCGCAGAGAGGGUGCUGCAGGAAGCCCGGGCGCAGCUGCCCGGCUGGAGGCGGCCAGAGAAAGCAGAGCUGCUGCAGGAGCUGGCGAUGCUCAAGGAGGCCAUGGCUGACCUGAAGAUGCAGUUGCAGCUGAUGGAGAGGGAAAAGCGAGGCCUGGAGGUGCUGGCGGCUGCGCAGGGCCCGCAGGAGGCUGCAUUGCACCUGGUGCUCCAGCACCUGCAGUGGGAGAAGGAUGAGGGGUUUGGCCAACCCCCCAGAAGCUCCAGCAGCAGCAAGGAGGAUGCCCAAAGUGGCUGGGUGGGAGCAGAGGCUCCCCAGCACCCUCCGGGCCCGGCGAGGAUGGGUGAAGAGCUGCUUCGUACCAUGACCCGGACGGAGGAGCUGCGUGCCCGAGCACAGGCCCUGGUGCGUGCCCUGGAGGAGAGCAGUGCCAUCAGCCGCGCGCAGCAGGCACAGUGUGGCACCGUCACCGCAGACCUCUUCCAUGCUCACAGCGCGCUGGCCCUGGCGUACCGCGGCGCCCGGCGGAAGCAGGCGGCUCAGCUGCGGCGGCUGGAGGGGCAGGCGGGGGCCCUGCGCAGGCAGCACGCCCGGCAGAUGCAGGCGCUCACCCGCAGGCUGCACAGCCUGGAGCAGGGCACGGCCGGCAGCGAGACCUGCAUCUAGAGACCCCCAGAGACCCCCCCGUGCCGGCAGGACCCCGCUGUAUCCCCACGGAGAAUAAACCACUGAUGCUCAUGGCUCAACCGCCCCCACCGUGGUGCAGGUUCUGGGGGGGUUGCGUUUGGAGGGGCUCAGGCAGCCGGACCCGGAGCUUAGCUCAUCCCGGGAACAAAGGGC